AUGGACAUGCUAAUGCGAUGCCUUCGCAAGCACAAGUUGGUGUACCGCGUGGCAGGGGUGCAGGGCAGGACGUCUGAGACGUCAUUACAAAUGGUUGAUUCAGAUGUGAUUGACGUGCAGAAGUUGCGCCAGAACGCGCAAUUCAAACUCAUGGUUGAAAAAGACUGGGCGUGGGAGGUGGCCCCAAGUAUCAUUGACGAGCUUUUCCCAGGCUUUGCUCAUGUAGCCCAGAAGGCCUUGAACACCCAGAAUCACAUCGGCACGGGGGUCGGAGAGCUGGGGGCUUGCAUAACUUUGGCGGCGAGUGCCAAUGACCCAGGGAUGCGCGAGCUCGCGGGCUGGAAGGAGAUGGCUAUCGAGGACGUAGUUUCGCUCAACGUACCGAGCGCAAAAUACAGCGAGACCUUGCUUUACUUCGUCAAAAAUUUCGGCGAUGGCGAUGGCGCUCCUCUUGUUUCGCGCAUGGGCACUGUUGCGAAGCAAUUUGGUUGCAACGCUACGCUGGGGCAAACUUUUUGGGAAGCGCUGGCCCGCGCAGUUUUCGCAUCGAGGACCAACCUGCAUCCUGUGAUCCGGGUGGCGGCUGCAAUUGCAAACCUCGCGGGCGACAAAGUUGAGGGCGGCGCGGCGCGCUUGUUGGUGAAGAAUGACGUCACGAAGCUCGCCGGCAAGCCUAAUAUGGCUGAAGCAGAUACUGCUGAGCGAAUUCUUGACGAAGCCAUGGGCACCGCAAAAGGGCUCGGCGGCAUCGAUGCGGCGUUGGAGCCGUCAGGGCAGCUAUUCGCGAGGGUUGCGUUGAAGCUCGCGGGAAAGGAGAAGAUGGGCCGGGGGGGCAUAGAGCACAAGUGGGGCGACAUAUGCACCGCAUUCUUGCAUGGCCCCAGCUGCCUUAGGGGUCAGACCGUCACGUUCGACGAGUGGGCUAAGCAUGCUGUCUCAAGCAUUGCCACCUCUGCUGCAGCGAAGCCGACUGCAGCCAGCGCGGCGACGCUCGACGACCACAAGGACCCGACAUGGAUUGCCAAGAGGGCUGGGUAUCCGGUCCGGCUCUUCGUAGUCCAGAAUCCAAUUGCACCUUCAACCCAGAGGGUUUACACGAUCUUCAGCAUCGGCCAAACUGUCAAGCCCCACGAAGCUGUCAACCGCGACGCGGACCGAGAGCCACACGCGGCUGAGAUUACCUUGGCCGAUCUCCUCGAGCAGUGGGUUGUUUCGAAAGUUGAGCCACCAAGGCAGAUCGACGGUGAUCAGCAGCGCCCGCAGCAUCUGUACAUCGACAAGCAGAAGGCCGCUUUGUACCGAGCCCUCCUCGAGCUAGAUGCUAAACACGUGGGCAAGCAUAAGCUGGCCUUCUGGCGGAAGCCAGAUGAGGUUCGGACCACGAGCGCGAUCAAGCAGGGUCAGCUUACUGUGGUACCAAUGGCACCACUUAUCAACAUAAGCACGAAGAACGCUGGGUCUGGCAUUUCACUUGGCGAUCACGGAAUUGACAGCGAUACCACGCUUGAGUUGUUCGAGUUGCCUGUGGCGAGGCCGCACGACAAUGGUGCCGCCAAGUUUCAUGAGGCCGCAGUUGUGGCUGCACGCUGGUGGGUCGGGGCAACCUUCGAUAAGAAGCACAGCCAACAUGGCUUCAAACCAUGUUGCCUGUGCUGA